CAAAAGCUUAGUUUUUCCCCCACAAUUUUGUACAUAUCGAAUACUUUAAUAUCCAUUAUUUUUACACAAUCGACACGAUGCGCAAAACAACUGGUCUGAAGAUGGGAUUGAAUGUGCGCAAGCCAACAGCAGCAGCAACACUCUCCACAAACAACCCUUUGGACAACAACAAGUCCACAAGCAACACCAAAAAAUCAGUAUUCUCCACAGAAGAUUCCUCCGCACAAGCACCUGUCUCCGCGUCCACGCAUAUUGGGCCCAAAUCACGAGCCUCCGAGCAAUUAGCGCAAGAGCUCACAUCCACCAACCCAUCCGUGUACGCUUACGACGAGCUCUACGACAGCAUCAACGAUGCACGCAACCGGAUCAAAAAUGCGCGCAAAACGGAUGAUUUGCGGCCCAGGUAUAUGGAUAAAAUACUUGAAACCGCAAAGCAGAGACAGGUGCAGCACGAGGUGGUUAGGGAGAAGAUUUUGGAGAAGGAGAGGCUGAGGGAGGGGGAGGUUUACGCAGACAAGGAGGUUUUUGUCACAAAGGGGUAUAAGGAGCAGAAGGAGCAAAGGCAGAAGCUGGUGGAGGAGGAAGAGAAGCGCGAGAGGGAGGAAGAAGAUAAGGCAUGUCGCAAUGGGGCUGGUGUUGGUGCUGGUGAUGAUAAGGGGAUUGCGCUGGCGGCUGGGUUUUAUCGAGGAUUCUUGGAGCAGAUGGACAGGGAAGAUGUCAGCAAGCUGGUUAGACAAACCACACCAGUGGCUCGCGAGCCAUCCACCGGCGAUACUCAAAGUAGCUCACAGGAUGGCGAAAAAGAGCUUGGUGCCGGGCUGAAUCUGGGCAAAAGUACCAAUACGGGCAGAAGCUCGUACACAGUCGAUUUGCAAUCUGCCAGCACGUACCAGCGGUUUCGCGAAAGCACGCGCGAUUCGAAUAAUACGUAUAGGCCUCAACAACGCAGACAGAGUCAGGGGCAUGGCGGAGCGUCGUUGCAGAGGGAGCUCGAUGAGCAGAGUAGGAUGGCGGCUGGAAGGCAGGAGCAGGAGCAGCAGGCGUUGGUCAGAAAGUAUGCUCGCCGCAAUGAUCCUGCUGCUGUGGAGGCUGCCAGGCAGAGGUACUUUGAGCGCGUGCGGGCUCGUCAGCAGCAACAACAGCAGUGUUGAAAAUUGAGACUUGUUUAUAAUAAAAUAAUUGAG